GUUUUGCUUUGCUGCUGCAUGAAGAUUUGGGAAAACCCAGGCUAGUAAGUGUGCUGGAAAAAAGGGUAGAAUCAUAGAAUCAUUUAGGUUGGAAAAGACCUUUAAGAUUGAGUCCAAUUGUUAACCCAGCACUGCCAAAUCCACCACUAAACCAUGUCCCUGAGUGCCACAUCUACAUGCACAGGAUGAGCUGACAAGGUAGAAGUAGUGAAGGACAAAUUAGAUGUCUGUACAGGUAAAGAUAGGGUAACACUGCUUUUUGGCAAAAUGGCUUGCCUUGCAGAUCCUUUGGAACUUUCUAAGGAAGUUGGUAAGUGAACAAAGCAGAGGGUUGGAUUUUCAAAGGUAGGUCAGCAAGAUCCUUCACCAGAAGCUUUUAUAGAAUCUGAGCUGUCAUGGAUAAGGGAAGGUCCUUACACAGCAGAGUGGCUUCUUGUAUGAUAAGAAAUGUAGUCUGGAAAUAAAUAAUAUGUCUCCUGAAGGAGGUGCCAGUGGAAUUCCAUGGAAUCUGGGCUGAUGAUCUGGAAAACAGGUGAAUGGUGCAGGCAAAACACCGACUUUGGGAGGAGGAUUCCAUGCCAAUCUGGGAAAGGAGUCACGUGCACAAACUCUGCAGAAUGGGAAACGUCAGAUUCACCACCUGGGAAACCAGCUUCAACUCAAUCAGCACUGUCUGGAUACCGCCUUUAAUUUUUUCAAGAUGGCUGUGAGCAAACACCUAACCCGGGGGAGGAAGAUGACCCACGUAAUUGCUGCGUGUCUCUACCUGGUGUGUAGGACAGAAGGAACUCCUCACAUGUUACUUGACCUCAGUGACCUUCUUCAGGUGAAUGUCUAUGUGCUGGGAAAAACUUUCCUUCUGUUGGCCAGAGAACUCUGCAUAAAUGCUCCAGCCAUAGAUCCGUGUUUAUAUAUUCCCCGUUUUGCACACAUGCUGGAGUUUGGGGAUAAGAACCACGAGGUGUCCAUGACAGCUCUCAGGCUGCUGCAGAGGAUGAAGCGGGACUGGAUGCACACCGGGCGCCGGCCCUCCGGGCUCUGCGGGGCAGCUCUGCUGGUGGCAGCAAGAAUGCAUGAUUUCCGACGGACUGUUAAAGAGGUUAUCAGGGUGGUCAAGGUUUGUGAAUCUACAUUAAGGAAAAGGUUGACAGAGUUUGAAGAUACACCAACCAGUCAACUAACCAUAGAUGAGUUUAUGAAGAUUGACUUGGAAGAAGAAUGUGAUCCUCCUUCAUUUACAGCUGGUCAAAAAAAAUUGAAGAUACAGCAGCUUGAGAAGGCAUUAUCAAAAAAGCUGGAGGAUUUUGAAGGAGAAAUAUCGAGCUACCAAGAUGAAAUAGAGAUUGAAUUAGAAAACAGUAGACCGAAAGCAAAAGGUGUAUUUGCAAAUUUCACUAAAGAUGAUUCUAUAGAAGAUAAUGCCUCUAGCAUACUUGGAGAGGAGGAGGCAGAAGAUGAGGAACUGGAAGCAGCUGCUAAUCACUUAAACAAGGACUUUUAUGAUGAACUUCAUGAGAAGGAUAGAGUUAAAAAAAAUGAAGAAGGGGAAUGCAGAAAUGGAAAUGAAACUCUUGUAAGACCACCUGCACUGGAAUCCUUGCUCGGCCCACUCCCCACUGCCGCUAGUCUUGGCAUAACAGAGUCCAUAAAAGAGUGCAUAUCCACUAAGGACCAAGAGCCUGGUGAGAAUACGGGAGAUGGCGAGUUAGAUCUGAGUGGGAUCGACGACAGUGAAAUAGAUCGGUAUAUACUUAACGAAGCAGAAGCUCAGAUAAAAGCAGAGCUGUGGAUGAAAGAAAAUGCAGAUUAUUUGAAGGAACAAAAAGAAAAGGAAGCAAGAAUAGCAAAAGAGAAAGAACUUGGGAUUUAUAAGGAACACAAGCCAAAGAAAUCUGCAAAGAAGCGGGAGCCAAUUCAAGCCAGCACAGCAGGAGAGGCAAUUGAAAAGAUGUUAGAACAGAAGAAAAUCUCAAGUAAAAUUAAUUAUAAUGUGCUAAGGGACCUGAACAGCAAAGGAAGUAACACAACAAAGAAAGAGGAUGACAACACUGAUGACAGCCCCAACACCAAGAAGCUGUCAAGAAGAAAAUCUAUUGCCAAUAGGAAUAUAGCCAACCCUGUAAACAGUGUGGGAAAAAGAUUAAGACCCUUGAUUUCAACCCAGCUUGCUAAAAAGGCUGCCACUGAAGAGGUGACGUUUCCAAAUGCACAGGCAGAAGCCCCUCCUGUAGAAAAACCAGCAGCUGUGCUCGUGGAGAGUGGCCCAGUAGCUUAUAACCCUGAUGAAGAGGUGGAGGAGGAAGAGGUAGAAGAAGAUGAUGACCACUGCAUGAGCGCCUUGCAGUUAAUGGGAGGAAAUGAUUAUGGCUGUGAUAUGGAUGAGGAUGAUGGCUACUAGCUCCAUAUACUUCUAAAGGACAUGGACCGUGUCUUGUUCUCAGCAAAUCUUUGGUUCUUCAAGCUGUGUGAAUAGUGAAAGAAGCUGUCUGUGGUCAGCAAAUGUAAUCGAACAAUCCUUACUUUUGUAAACGCGAAUUUAAGGUUGGCAUUGACUGGUCAGUUUACAUUGACCCAUAACCCAGCAAUAACCAGUUUGGGUUUGUACUUGAAUUUAUUUUUAUUUUGGUGGAUCAUAGUUGGAGGAUGAAAAUUAAUGAGAGUAAUGUUUCCAGAGAACAAAAGGAAAAAGACUAAACAGACUGUGUGUAAAGCCUGUGUGGCUGAAAGCAACACAUCUCUUAUGUAUGUGGCUGCUUUUAGGCAUGCUGCUCAAAGGGAGCAGACUGAAGGACAGAGACAGGUGAAAACAAGAAACCUGCCUGUUGAUUAUUUGAGUACAGUAGCAUUACUUGUCUCAUAAUGCUACAACUGACAGAAAGAAACGUUUCCAACCUGUAUUGUGGAUGUGACCCUGUUACUGUAUAUGGCUCCCUCACCCAAUCCUAUAAAAAAUUAAUGACAAGUUAUGUAUUUGCAGAGCAGUAUUGGUUUCUCUGAAAGAGAGUAAAUGCUUCUUUAUAUUAAUCAAUUCAUAGAUUUCUUGAAAGAUAUGACAAUAGAUGGCAAUGUUGGCAGAGAAGAAUCAUCUUCCACUGUGAGUCCAGUGCGGUUUAUGUGGAAGGAGGCAAAAGACCUGGGCGAGGCAAGAAGUGUAGUGAGCAAGCAGGAGAUGUGCUCAUGUGCUGUUGCUGAGCAUCCCUAGGGACAGACAGGUCUUCUUGAGGAUGGUAUUUCUGUAGGAGAGUCACUCUGGCCAUCUCUAUGGAGCUGCUCUUGCCUGACUGAGUUAGAGUGAAGGUCUGCUCCCAAGAGCUGCCUGUCUAAAACCAGUCGAAAGAAAGAGAAAGCUGAGCUUUUUAAUAAAUAAGCUAGCAUCUGCUUUGACUGAAUUUAAUUUAAUGUAAUUUGCUUAACAUUCUGUGGGUAAAUUAAAGGUCACCGUGCAGCAGUCUGACUUUCAUGGCUCAAAUCCCACCCUUGAACAGUCGUUGCUAUGUGAAUAAAGCUGGAGCUGCAGCCCUGUGUGCCCCGAAAUGUCAGCAGUCAGGUCCUUCUCUUACAGAUAUAUCAGUUCUUGCAAUGCCAUGAGAGCAGGGAUUGGGAGUGGAGCCCCUAUGGCCAGAUCCCACCCUGACCUGCCUUCCCCUGGCACUGCUGGGUCCGAGUCUCAUGGCUCUGUGGGAAGUGCAGUGCACUGUGGGUCACGCUCUUGAUGACUGCGGCUGCAGGGCCCGAGAUGUUUUCCUCUCUCUCCCUUAUCUAGUGACAAUCAUGAAAACUGCAGCGCUGCAGGCUUGUCUUACACUAGAAAAAGAUGGUUUUUUAUCUUACCAGCAUGGUUUCUGUUCAGCUGUGUCUCCUGGUCAGCUCGUCCUUCCUACCCUUUUUGAGAAGCACUCAUCACUAGAGCACCAUCCAUCCUCCUGCUACGGAGAGUGGAUCGUGGCAGGAAGAGAAGCUGUCUCAGGAAGCUCUCUAGCUACUUCCACACAGCAUGAUGAUGGUGCUCAUACCUGUGGUCAUCACCAAAGAGGGGGAGGGCCACACAGCCUUCCAUACUUCCAUACUUCUCUCCCUCUUGGUAGCAUGCUUAAGAUGGAUCAUGUAAGUGGAGCAAGAGCAAGUGCUUUUCUUAGGAGCAGACUUGGUAUUAUUUGGCUGGUAAAUGUAGUUUGGUGGGUUGACUGUAUCUGGGAGGAAUUUUUGAGCCCUGUACGGGAGUAUUUCUGCAAUGACUUCUUAAAAACAGAGCUUGGUAACAAAAAUGAUCUAGUGCGGCUAAUGGGAAGAAGAGCUCUUCUGAACCAGAUGCCAGUUGCUUAAUUUGCAGCACUUCAGUGGAAAGAAAAGAUUCCUUGUAAUUCUAAGGAGAAAAGGUGGCAUUUUCACCAAAAAGCUAUAGGUUUUUUUCUGAUACUUUAUAAAUACUGCACAGAAACUGAUAUUGGGGAGAUAAACCUUUCUACCUCUCUUUUAUCUACACCAUAAAAUAAAAAUCAUGCUAUAAGCAGACAGUUUUUUAAAAAGUUGUUUGUUUUAUCAAAGUUCAUGCUCUGCAGGUCUUUGAGACCGUUGAGUUUGAUCAUUUGGAUUUGAAUUAACCUGCCAUAGCACUGCUACAAAUACCCAUACUCUCAGUAUAUUCUCAAGGCUUGGGUUUUAUUCCAAGGUACACAGUAUUCUCUAUGCAGGAAAUAAACAUGCAUAAAUAAACAUGUGUAUGACUCAUGUAGGUCGAGUGCUUUUCUCAAAUGCAAGAUGUUGGCUCUUAAAGAAACCGCUAAGCUGAUUUCUUUGUUGCCAAGGGUCUUCUGGUUUGUUCCCCCAAGGGAUACUAAACCUGCUGCCAGUGCAGUGAUGUUAUUUGAGAGCUGAGAGUCCACCCAAAUAACUGCUGCUGGUAAAUUUGAAUUUCAGUAGUACAUUGCGUUUCUGAGAACAUUGUUUUGUGCACUGCAAGUAGAGGGUUGCAGUUUUUGAAUGCUCUCGCAUGAUUUGAUUAGGAAAGGCUAUCAGGUAGUCUGCUAGAAGGGUGCUUGGAGAGCAGGGGAAAAAAAAGACCUACAAUUUCAUAGCAUCUCAGUAUUGCUGGUGAAGUUAAUGGCAUAGUUUCUGUACAGGAUUCCUAAGGAAAGGAUAUUGGAUAGGCAGACUUCACGCUGAGCUUCUUAAGCUAUAGUGGUUAUGUACAUUUUUAAUUUAUUGGUGACUUACCGGGAUUUUUAUAAUGUUCAUUCCUUCUUGAUUUAACUAAGCUCAGGAAAUGUAAACAGAUUAGAACAUGCUAGUUUCUGUUUUUAUAGCUAGUCAUUAAAAUGUAAAAAGAUUAACACUGCAUUAACUCUGUUUACUACUGUUGAUGUAUCUGGACAAUUUUGUUGUGUAUAAGCCAGCCUGAAUUCACUUGGAGUAAUUUGGACCCUGCUUUUCUCAGGAUUCUGAUUAUAAUGUAAAGAGCUUAUAAGGCUCCAGCAUUUGUUGUUCUUAGAUCGUCUUAUUUGAACCCACACAAGCUGUGUAUCAUCAGGUUUGUUGCAUAAAGCAUGUCUCUUGCUGCAAGUCUCUUUGCUUGACAGGCAAAACCCUCCAGCUGUUGCAUCCAGCUUGUCAGCCAUGCAGCCUUUUAACACUCUUGUACUGUGGGAGUAAAAACUGAAAUAAGGAAAAUAAUGGGCUUCUUCACUGUGGUGAGUGCAUUUUCAGUGUCUUAAUCAUCUGUGACAUUUCUUUAAAAUCACUGUGUUCAGUACAGCAACUUUUAAAUGGUGCCAGACAGCCUUGUCUUGAGGGUUAAACAUGUUUGUCAAAAAAAGUUCUUGCCAUCCUCAUGACUUGUUUGUGUUCUUUUGGAUUGCAUUGAAACUCCAGUUGCAGAUGUGUACAGUUAGCACAGUGUUUGCCUAAUAAAUGUUCUGUUUCUUA